AUGACUAGCGCCGCAGGGUGCAGUUCUGCAUUUUGGCGUCGCAUUCACGGCACUGCGACAGAGAGAAGAAAAAAGAUACCCGCGCACUUCCCGUCCCUCCCCUCCCCCUCCGUCUGCGUCCGCGUCCGCGUCCCAGGAGCUUCCUUCUCCUACAAAGCCACGGCUGUCUCUUUACCUUAUCUACUGUAUCGGCAAUCUACCUUCGGUGUAAGCAGCGGUUACUCGCCUGGCUGCGGUUUUCCCAUCCCGCUUGCUUCGUCGCCCGAUAAGAGAAGAAACAACAAGGGCGAUGAUAUUCUGCCACCAGCUGCCGCUAUUCUGCCACCAAGUGUGGCUGCGGCCGCCACACGACCGCCGGUCUCGGGCACAUACCUGGCCUCCGGGCUCGGAGGCAGGGGCGGUCGCAGCCACACUUGGGGGCGGGAUAUCGGCAGGUGCUGGCAGAAUAUCAUCGCCCAACAACAACGCCAAGUAAGGGUGAAAAGCCAAGGCCAGGAGGCUCUUCUCGUUGUCCACGUCAAGGGUCAAAAGGCAGCCGCCCGAUUGGUUGUGCCAUCUUCCCAAGCUUUCGCCCGGCUCACGUAUUACACGUGUAUCCGUACGAUUGUUACUCUAGACUCUCGAGGCCUCGAGUUCAUGUUCGACAACCUCGAAAGUGUUUGUGUAUCCCCAAGCUCGCGCCCGUGUUGUGCUUCUGGCCCAAAAUCUUACCCGCAGCCUCUCGCCAUCCUUGCUUUCUCACUUGCGGCGAUCAAAUCUCCUUGGCCUUAUCCAGAGACCUCAAAUCUCUAG